AUGCUCAAGCGACCUGCAGGCGUCCUUCAAGGGGACAAGAUCUGGCUCUUCGAUGGUCAGUACGUUUCGGCAAACCCGAUGGAUCGGUUGCACCAGUCCGAAAUCUUUCGCAUCUUGCUGGUUUCCUUUGUCAGCAUGGCUUUUUGGGAGCACGUCAUUACUCUUGGAGAGGAGUUUGAGAGGUGGAAGCAGAUCAAAAGAGGUCAAUUUCGCUUUAUAAACUGGGCUUUCAUGGCUUCCCGCUACACCGUCAUCGUCGUCUGCGCUGUAGCGAUAGCGUUCGUUUUUGCGCCCGUAGACAGCGACAUGGGCUGCCAAGCCUUGUUGACGACCAUCAUGACCUGCUGCACCCUCAAUUACGCAGCCAUGUGCGUGAUUCUAGGCAUCCGCAUCAUCGCGCUGCACCAGGGCCAACUGAGAGUAGCAGUGCCAUACGGCAUCAUAGCGCUCACUACGGUCGCCAUAUAUGCGUCGAGCGUUCCCUACUUUGGCGCGCUGCUAGUGCCACGAAGCGACCUGGAGCUAGACCCGUACGGUCUAAGAUGCGCAAAUCUGACAGUCAACGUCGUCGCUCGCGCAAGGGGCUUCCUUGCCGCUGCUGCACUAGACGUCGUGGCUGCCGUUCUUGCUUACUGGGGAGUGGCAAAGUCCAUCUUGCCAGCACCAAAAGACUCUGGCUUGCCCGACUAUCGCGGCCACUUUAUAUCGCCUACAAGAAUGCAAUUUCCCGAGCUGACGCACGCGACGCUCGCAUCCAGACAGCGCACCGUCAUCAACGCAGAUCCGCGCAUCCGAGUGCUCCCUGAGCUACCCAACGUGACGCAGGAGAUCAAGAACGCUGCCAGCGCACCGCGAGAUUCCGAUGUGACUAGGUCGGGCGACUACGACAUGCCUAGACCCAUGUCGCCCUUGAACAGUCCACCGCGUCGAAGCGACAGCUCUCGACGGAAUCGGCUGCGGGGCUUGGUGCGACGCGAGCCAAAGACCAGUCUUUGCGACAAGACCUCCGACUUUGAGAGCCAUUGGGAUGGACAGUCCCAUGGAUUGACUCGAAAGACGUCUGCAAAUGUAGCUGCUCGUCAAUUCGGUCUACAACACGCCACGGGACCGUCAAAAAGCUCGCGUGCACCACUCACCAUGAAUGCAGACGACAUCUCCAGCACGGAUAGUCUCGUCGCUUCGACGAACCUGCACACUACCAGCUCGCAGGGCCAGCUCCAAAUCCUUCCUGCACAGUCCCGCGCUUACUACCCCCCUUUAGGCGCAACGCCCGAGACGACAAUGGGUGGGCGAGGAGCUUCGUCAUACUCUGUCAGCGCAGAUGCAAGGCACCCAAAGACCGCUUCGAGCGCGCGUCCCGCGCAGACAUCGGUCUCGCAUCACGAGCAGUCCCGCAAGUUUAGUUCGCUGCAGGAGCCCCCUGAAGAAGAUCAAGGCACUGCAAGCGUAGACACGCCUGCAUGGUACACUCCAGUCAUCCACCCACCCACCGAGGACGACGGGGCCGUAUCGGAACGCAUCCUCUCGGGCAUGUCUGACGAGACGAUUACCGACCUUGCAGGCGCAAAUAACCACAUGUCGACCACGACGAUGGGCUCUGCCCGCUCCAUCGCAACGAGCGAGGUGGCGCACGAAGGCGAUCAGAUGCAUUGCCCAUCCAACUCUCGGAUGAGCAUCAAUACGGCGCUGAGCUUUGGUACGAAAGUACCGCAAGGCGACUCCACAAAAACUCCCGGCCAUGGCGCCCGCGCUGCGGCUGCGGCUGCUGAUCACGCUCGCCCCAAGGAGCGAGCUUGGAUCAAGCUUGGGCUGCAGCUGAUCUGGGUUUGGCGUGGCGACGAGCGGGAGAAGAGGCGAGCGCGUCAACCACCACGCAUUCUUCCGAAGCUCACGAAGAGCGCAGACCGACGUGGGGAUGGAGUCGAGCCCCACCCAAAAGGCCGACCGGAUGAGGGCGCAGCAGCAGAAGAUCCAAGAACGAGCGCGAUCGACAUCAUGACCACCAUCGAUACCCCGUCUCCCAUAGAUCCGAUCCCUCCCACCCGCGCAGACAUGUCCUUUUCAGACAUUGCCUCGGGAGCCGACUGUGGCCCCACCAACGGGCUGCAAGCUCUGGGCAAGAGGUUUGGCGCAGAUCGCAGCUCCCAGCAGGACAGGUACAACAAUGCUGGGGCGGGCUCCUCUUCGGGUAGCCCUCGUCAUGGUCAAGCUUUAGGCCAAGACUUUGGCUUUGCUGCAGCCCAGCAUGGCUCUCAACAACAGCCUUUCGAUCUCGCUCCGUUGGGCGGCGCUUUGCCCUUUGCCGGUCCCGUGGGCCCUGCUGGUGCUCACCUUGCGCCGUUCAACCAUUCUGCUGCCUUUGAUUCUGCUUUCAAGGCUCCUCAACAGGCUCAACCCCACUCCACCAACGGCUGGGCCUCGGAGUUUGGCGCUCCGGGCCUCCAGCAUGGACUUUCACAGCGCAGCUCGCCACAAUCGCAGUCGCCGCAGCCUUUCAUGGAGAGCCAGCGCCAGCACGCUCCUCAAGAGGCGCAGCCCCACUAUACUCAUGGUAGCAGCUUGUUUCAGCCUCGCUUCGCAGGGAGAUCUGCAGCUUUGACCCCGUUCGGCGGUCACCAUGCAGCAAGUCAAUCCCAACAGCAGCGAGGGGAUGCAUAUGCCCACGUAGAUCAAUCGUCGUGGGACUCGGCGUUCACGUCUUACGACCAAGAUGCAGCCUCCAGCACCAGAGAGGCACACGUCGCCCCAUUGUUGGGUCCUCAGGUCGGUCCGGACAGCAAGCCAGAGCUCAACAAUGGGCAAGGGGAUGAGCUUGCGCGCACCGCUGGAAGACUCGUCUCCACCGUCGAUCACGAGACGUCGGAUAAGUUCAAGGGCAGCCAGUUCCUUGGUCUCAUGCGCAAGCUAAGAGAUCGCCAAGCAGGCAUACAAGGCAACGAAAUUGUGGAUCAGAGCAUCGAUACGCAGAGCGCUGCUCAAACCGACAAGGGAAAGGCACGAGAGGUGUCCACUAGUUCACUUGGGAGCGAUCAGACGCAGGCGACGCCUCGAAACGCGCAAGAGGCUUACGCUCAAGCCAAAGCACAGCUUUCGCAAGGCCAGACGGGUCAGCUUGGGAUGAGCAGUCAGCGCGGUGCUGUGCGCUCAGGCUCGGCUCAGCAGGGCGAUCGAACGGCCCUUGACGAGAUGUGGGCAGAAGAGGAUGCACGCAGCGAGGCCAUCGAACGCGAAGCGAGAGAGCGUGCGGCACGAGCGUUCAGUGGAGAUGGAGGAAAUGUCGCGGCGAGAAUGAUGGAGGACGAUAUCGAGGCGCGGGAAUACGCAAAGUAUGCCCGGUACAGCCGCAUACCUGGCGCCCAACAAUCGAGCACUGGCUGGGAGGAAAAUCUCGAAGAGCAGGAAAAGGAGGAGGGAGGGGACUUUGUCGGUCGAUCUUGGUCAGGACGAGCUGGACGAGGAGUGUCUGGAGCUCAGAGCGCAGAGUGGGACAAGCUGCAAAGCGACUGGGAUCAGUGGAUGGCUGGUCCCACGGGCUUGGAGAAUGCCGCUGCGAGGGCACACGUUCGUCGCAGCAAGCCAGAGAGCGCUGCGAGCGCCCCAGCAUAUCGCUUCCAAGCCGACAAUCCCUACGUCGGCACCACGCACACACACGCGAGCCAUGUUGCCGCGGAGCAAGAGCUCUCGCACGACCUGCGGAGCCUGCUCGAACGUGAGGCCGCUGUUCAAGCGGAUCCUCAGGAUGCGUCCGCGUGGUUAGAUCUUGGCGUCAAGCAGCAAGAAAACGAAAGAGAAGGCUUGGCCAUUGCUGCUCUGCACCGAGCCAUCGAGAUUAAUCCUGCGCUGAGCGAUGCGUGGUUAGCGCUGGCUGUAAGCUACACGAACGAGAACGAUCGCCCAGCUGCACUGGAAGCGACGGAGCGCUGGAUACAUACCCUCGAUCAGUAUGCCGCCGUAGUGCGCGCGCAUGAAGCCUCUGCUGCGACGAGCGGAUCUGAGAUCGCUAGCCUGGUCGAACGCCAUGCUCGCAUUACCAGCACGCUUAUGGCCAUAGCUAGAGCAGGACCGCCGAGCAAUGCCGGAGGUGCUGUGGUAGACGCCGACAUCCAAGUAGCCCUUGGCGUCCUCUUCAACGCGUCCGAGGAUUACGACAAGGCAGUGGAUUGCUUCUCUGCCGCACUAAGCGUUCGUCCGAACGACUGGCUGCUAUACAACCGACUUGGGGCCACUUUGAGCAACUCGGGCAGGAGCGCCGAAGCUGUGGAUUACUAUCACCAUGCGUUGGAGCUGCAGCCCGGGUUCGUCAGGUGCCACUUUAAUCUGAGCAUUUCUUGUCUCAAUCUCAAGAUGUAUCGGGAUGCAGCAUCGCACAUCUACACUGCCCUGACACUGCAGUCCACCGACGAGGCCGCCGCCUCGACUCCUCAAGCACAGUCUCUCGACGUCAACGAGUCCGGCGUGACUUCUAGCGCGCUCUGGGAGACUCUGCGAGUGGCUCUGGAGCUGCUCAACCGACCGGAUCUGGCCAACCUCACUGCUCGCAGGGAUAUUCACGCUUUCGACCCGGCCGACUUUUUCCCAGCCGAGGAGACUCGGUCCUCUGACGAGGGGUUCGGAGAAUACUCUCCCAACCCUGACGCGGCUGGAUUUGACCCCUGA